AAUUAAAGAUUUAACAUGAUAAUUCGCGUUAUAAAUCGUAUCUAUUCGAUACGAAAGUGCAGUUUUGUUUUCCAGCGAUUUUGUGCUAGUAAUGUUUUGAAAUUAAAUGAAAGAGGACUAUUACAGGACAUUUUCCCUCCCCCAAGCCUAAAUCUUCAAAAACUGUUGUCACAACCACAAUGUUUCUAUGCUGGAUUUGAUCCUACUGCUGAUAGCCUCCACAUAGGAAAUCUUUUGGUGUUAAUGACCAUGUUGCAUUGCCAACGUGCUGGCCAUCAACUCAUAGCCUUGAUUGGGGGAGCCACUGCCCUGAUUGGUGAUCCCAGUGGAAAGGCAAGUGAAAGGAUAGCUUUGCCAGAAGGAAAAGUCAGAGAUAAUGCAGAUGUGAUAGCUGAAAACAUUACAAGGAUAUUCCAGAACCAUCAGAAAUAUAUUUGGGAGAAAAAUAGAGAUCCAAAUAGACUGAAACCAGUAAAGCUAGUCAAUAAUGCAGAUUGGUACAAUAAUGUGAGCAUCACCAAGUUCCUGAGCACAGCAGGAAGGCAUUUUCGAGUUGGAGCCAUGCUGAGCAGAAACAGCGUCCAGUCAAGGAUCAAUUCCGAAGCUGGGAUAAGCUUCACCGAAUUCUCCUAUCAGGUCCUUCAAGGCUAUGAUUGGCUUCACCUCCUACAGACAUAUAAAUGUCGAUUCCAGAUCGGCGGCAGUGAUCAGAUGGGGAACAUAGUUUCAGGUCACGAACUGAUCAGCCGAAUGGGAUUAGAUGAAGUAUUUGGGCUUACCAUCCCACUCGUCACUAACGAAGAAGGUUCAAAGUUAGGCAAGACAGCUGGCAAUGCUGUAUGGAUUACUCCAUCGAAAACGUCGCCAUUCGAGCUCUAUCAGUUCUUUAUGAGAGUAAAAGACUCUGAGGUGGAACAAUUAUUGAAGCUGUUUACGUUUUUUUCGACCGAAGAAAUCUCCCAGAUAAUGGAGAAACAAACGGCCAAACCGGAAUCUCGGAUCGCUCAUCGCAAAUUAGCACAACAAGUGACGCUUCUUGUUCACGGAGAAAACGGUCUGCAGUCAGCGGAGCGUAUCACUGCGGCAUUGUAUAGUAAAUCGGCUGACUCAUUGGCUCAGCUACAGCCAAACGAGUUGAGCGAGACAUUCCGAGGCGCUACAAUGGUCGAUAUUCUUCUCGAACCGGCAACUUCUGUUCUCGACAUGGUGAUGAAAGCCAAUUGCUUCGCCAACGAAAACGACGCGCGUCGCAUCAUCUUGGCUGGAGGUUUGCACAUCAACCAAGUUAAGUGCACCGAUUAUACGGAGAUCCUGUCGCUCGGUCGCCACAUCCUACCCAAUGGGAUCAGUUUAAUCCGCGUGGGAAAGAAGCACCAUUAUAUUGUUAAAUGGAUGUCAUAGCGGAAGAAGGGAUUACACAUUUAGCCGAAAUAAUAAAAGGAACAAAUCAAA